GCUGCUGAAUGUCAGAGUGCUGGUUAUUCGGGCACCUUAAUCCCUUAUAAAUGUGACCUGUCCAAUGAAGAGGAGAUUCUUUCCAUGUUCUCAGCAAUAAAGACUUUGCAUCAAGGGGUCGAUGUGUGCAUCAACAAUGCAGGUUUGGCCCGACCGGAGCCUUUGCUGAGUGGCAAGACAGAGGGAUGGAGAACAAUGAUUGAUGUUAAUGUUCUUGCACUCAGUAUCUGCACAAGGGCGGCCUACCAGUCUAUGAAGGAAAGGAAUAUUGAUGAUGGUCAUAUCAUAAACAUCAACAGCAUGAGUGGUCAUAGAGUUCUUCCUACUACAGUUAUGCACUUUUAUUCAGCUACAAAGUAUGCUGUAACAGCUCUGACAGAGGGCCUCAGACAAGAGCUUAGAGAAGAAAGGAGUCACAUCCGAGCCACGAGUAUAUCACCAGGCCUUGUGGAAACUGGAUUUGCAUUUAAACUCCUUGAUAAUGAUCCGGAGAAGGCUGCUGCAACGUAUGAAAGUAUAAAGUGUCUGAAAGCUGAAGAUAUCGCUAGCACUGUGGUUUAUGUGCUCAGUGCUCCUCCUCAUGUACAGAUUGGUGACAUUCAGCUGAGGCCUACUGAGCAAAUAUCUUAG